UUUAUCUAUAGAUUUGGUAUCGAAGCCAUUACGUUAGAAGGGUUCAAAAAGUCCGCAAAAGAAACAGAAGCGAAUUUUUAUCAAGUAGGACGCAUAGUGGAGAGUAUAGUGAGAUCACUUAAUAAUUUAUUAGAGCGUUUCCAUCAGUCGUAUUUUUUCUAUUUAUUACCUUCCACUGAUCGAUAUAUUUCCAUUGGAUUAUAUAUGCGGCCUUUGGUAUUAAUAAUCGCCAGUGUAUUUAUAAAGGCAUUUUCUAUUUGGCAAAGACUACAGAUAUCGAAUGAGAUGAAAAAGGAUAAGGAAGAUUUAUCAAAUAAGGUCGAAGAAUUUGACAUCGGAAGUAUCGCUUCCGAAGUGCUAUGGGCGCACAUAUUUGGUGUAUUAAUAAUGGCUUCCCCUCGAUUUUUUACCUUAAUCGGAUCGCAGAUGUUCAAUUUACGUACAGAAGACUCAUUGUACAUCAGUUUCGCCCUGAUCACGAUUCUCACAUUGCUAUGGCGCUUUUAUCUAAGAAGAUCAAUCAAAUAUGAAAAUAUAUCACUUGUUUGCGUCAUCGCGUUGAUCGAGCUGGCCACUGCGCUAAUGUGCGUGGCCAUGCACAAUUUUUCAUUAGCUUUAGUAACGGCCGUUGUGUACGUGCCAGUUAUAUUGUUGAUAACACCGCACCACGAAUCCGCAUCCAGAUUCCGUUGUAGCCAGUAUAUCGCUUGGAUCAUGCUGCACCCGUUCGUUUCAUCGGCGAUCGUCGUGAUGGGCUACACAUAUCUUAAUUUCCCCGCCGACCCCGUACCAUCUCUGCUUUUCAGAAGCUACCGCGCUAAUAAGCAGGCGCUCGUAUUCAGCAUCGUCGACUCUAUGAUAUACGGCAAUUGGUUCUAUAACAUCGCCACUGCCGUCAAGCUACCGAUGUGGUUGUUGUUUUGGAAUGUUAUGCGUUCUAGCAUCGCGAUUCCUUCGCGAUAAGAUGAUUGUGUAACUUACGAUCGAAUUUCCAUCAGCUCAAAUAACGCUUAGCGAUAAUAUUUCCAGCGUUGAUUUUUCUUGCGUCUAAGUAAUAAACCAUUGAUUCGACUCGUCGAUGAAUAUCCGGGGAAAGUUGUUUGCUCCUUGGUUUGCUUUCUCGACAAGCAAAGUAGGAGAAGUGCAUUUCGAAAGGAGUCUUCGGAGGUCGACUUAUUUUCUUAUAAGGUUCGUCAAUAAUACGUCAGCUAGUAGAUAUAGCGUAUCACUCAAUGAUAACCCUUGUGACAUUCUUAUUGUAUCCGCUCGACUAGUUUAGUGUGUGCGGUGAGCGCGGUAACAUUGGACAAGUACGUGGUGAAAUACCGAUGCGUUGAACGGAAGCGGAGAGCAUAACGGUAUGUAUGGGUUUUUAUUUUUCCUACAAAUAUUACAUAUGACGCUGACACGCGUACGAUGAUACUACGUAUUAUUCAAUUGUGAACGAUCCUGACGGAACAUUGAGUGUUGAUCGCCGCAUAUUAUUUCAUCUAGUCGUUUCUGACGGUCAAGUGUCGCAAGAAGUGCCGUCAGACGCAAUCGCGAUCUCCUCGAGCUACGCGUGUUUAUGCCUGUAUGAUGAAAAUCAUAUUUAAGCAUUCUUUCUUCGUUCAGUUUUUUUUUCCAAAUGAUUCCUGUUACUUUGCGGAAAUUCGUGCUUGCAACAUUGCAAUUUGUAAACCUAUGUAAUUUGUUAUGUAAGAAUUACACGUUUCAUUCCUAA